AAAUAAAAAAAUAGCCCCAAAAAAUAAAAAAUAGGAAAAGAAAAAUACAAAAACUCAAAAAGAUAAAAAAAUAUAUACAAAAUAUGAGCAAAAUAACAAAAAAGAACAGAAAUAAACAAUCAAUCACGAAAAAAAUAAAUCAAUCAAUAGUAAACCCGUAAUAGAGAGAGAAAGAGAAGGAUGACCACCACCACCACCACAACAACAACAAGACCACCACCACCACCACAACAACAACAAGACCACCACCACCACCACCACCAUGCCUCUUCUAAUGCUGUCUGGCUUUCCCAGCAGCGGCAAGACUACGAGGGCGGGGCAGAUCAAAGACUACCUGGAGAGUGAGAAGGGCAAGAAAGUGAUUGUCGUGAGUGAAAAUGAGGCGCUGGGAGAGGACAAGAAUGGUGUGUUUAGCGACUCUCAGCGGGAGAAGGAGGUGCGGGGGAGGCUGAAGGCCGAGGUGCUACGGACACUCAACAAGGACGACGUGGUGAUCCUUGAUGCCGCGAACUACAUCAAGGGCUUCCGGUAUGAGCUAUACUGUGGCAGCAAGCAAUACAAGACGACACAGUGCCUGGUGCAGUGUCCCACCCCGAUAGAGGAGGCAUGGAGCUGGAACCUUGAGCGGCCUGAGGGGGAGCAGUACCUGAGGGAAGUGUUUGAUGGCCUGGUGGCUCGCUAUGAGGCUCCUAACAGCACUAACAGGUGGGACUCCCCAAUGUUCACCGUGCUGCCUGGUGAUGCGCCGCCCUUUGAGGACAUCUAUGCAGCACUGUUUCUCACCAAACCUCCGCCCCCGAACCAGUCCACGCAGACACAGCCACUCUCAUCCACCAACUUCCUCUAUGAGCUGGACAAGUCAACACAGGAAGUGACAAGCAGUGUGAUGACGGCCCAGAAGACGGCCACAGCGGGGGAGGCCAUCAGAGUGCCAGGGGUGGACGAGGCAGUGUGUCUAGGCCGUAAGGUAACCCUUGCUGAACUGGCCAGAGCACGGAGACAAUUCAUCACCUACAGCAAGAUGCAUCCUGUAGAAGACCGGCAGAAGAUAAUGCUACUCUUUGUCCAGUAUCUCAACAGUACUCUGGGCUAACCACCACCACCACCACCACCAGGGAGUGUUGAGAUGGUCUGGGUGUGUAGAGAGAUGAGGAGUGGUUGGAGAAGAUAGCUGGAUUGGAUGAGUUUAGGUUAAGAAGACUGAGAAUGGAGUGGGUGGAGGGAGUGAAGGGUGUGUGUGUGUGUGUGUGUGUGUGUGUGUGUGUGUGUGUGUGUGUGUGUGUGUGUGUGUGUGUGUGUGUGUGUGUGUGUGUGUGUGUGUGUGUGUGUGUGUGUGUGUGUGUGUGUGUGUGGAGUGCAGUAGUGUUGGAUUGGUUAUACAAAGCUGUUAGGUUAGGUUCAGGAGAGAUUGUGAAUGAAGUGAAGGAUGAUAGAUGGGAGGAAUGUGGGUGGAGUGUGGUAGUAAUGAGUGUUAUGAAUCAAUAUUGUCAUUAAUUAUACAAGGCUGUGUGGAGAGAUUAGGUAAGAGGAAGACUAUGACUGGUAUGGAUGGAUGGAGUGAAGGGUGCUAGAUGUGAGCCAGUGUUGAGCACGACAAGACACUGAAUAAACAUUGUCAUUUGCUAUACAAGGCUGUGUGGAGAGAAACAAGAGCUGUGACAAGA